AUACGAUUCGAGCCCUAGACUCGCGCGAGGUGAGAAAGCCCUAGUGCUCGGGAGGAGGAGCUGCGCGCCGGGUGUGCGAUCAUGGAUGGAGCGAAGAAAGAACCUUAUGACACUGGGGAUGCUGCGCAAAGCACUGCAGAUCUGACCGCCUUUGUGCAGAAUCUUCUUCAGCAGAUGCAAGCAAGGUUCCAGACGAUGUCCGAUUCGAUCAUCACAAAAAUCGACGAGAUGGGAAAUCGCAUUGACGACCUGGAGAAAAGUAUAGGCGAGCUCGUCAAGGAGGUGGGAGCUGACACUCCCGCCUCAGGCAGCUCCAAGCCCAAGGCUCUACAGAGCGAGGCCUCGGAGCAAUAGAGUUUCUGGUAUUCUUUUUGUAAAUGGCUACACGGCUAGCCAGUACCUACUUUGUUCUUAAGGUAAACGCAUUUCGUGUGAAGUUCC